UAUGGAUUUCCGCGAGGUCUGGAUGAACACUGAAGUUGGUGAGGAGACGCCUCACGUGCUCGCUGCAAAAACUUGUGCUGGAAAUUUGAAAAUCGCCGAGGAGAAUUGUAUGUAUCUCCUGGGCAUCUCGAUCUUCCUGCUGAUCCUCAACAUCGUCACCAUCGCCUUCUACAAUCGCCGCCACGUCAUCAAAUUCUACCGUACCCGCUUCCAACCGAUUCCCCACUCGGAAACCGCUUCAUCAGUUUUUCGUGGAGCUUUUGAUCACGACGCUUUUGAUAUGAAGGGAUGAUUUUUUAUUUUGAAAAAAAAUUGUUUUUUGAAAAAUAAAA